GUAAAAAGACAAGUUUACUUUAUAUAGAAUUUACGCGGGUGUAUACAAAAAACUUUAAAAAAAUUGCUGGAUGCAGAAUGCAAAUAAAUAAUAUUUCCAUAAAUGUCUAAUAAGAGACAUGAUUCCUAUUAAAACUUAAUAUGAGUACUGAGGCUACUAAAGAUUGGAUUUUAUGUCGGUCAUAUAGGUUCCCUAAUAAGUUUUAUUAUUUUAAUAUUCACAAUGGUGAAUCUAAAUGGGCCCGCCCAGAUAAGAAGACAUUACUGACUUCAGACAAGAGUAAAGAUAACUGUAAAAAACCUAAUACUAAUUUAAACAGUGAAAUUGAACCAAAUAUUGAACCUGAUGAUGUUGUUGGCCUCCUCGGUUGUCGAGGCUUGGAUAACAAUUUUGAAUUGAACUGUAAUAAGUCACUAAAACAGGAUAACCAAAAGUCACAAACAUUUUUAACUAAUGAAAAAUCUUUUCCGCUACAUUCACAAAUUCAUACUGCCACUAUAACCAAAGAAAACAAACAAAAGUUUCUUCAACAACAGAAGAAAAAAUUCAAUAAAACAUUAGUAGAAAACCAUAGAUGUUUCUCCCCGCCGCUUUUGAAUGAUACUGAAGGAAUUUAUGCUGUUAAUACUUUAAAUGGUAUCAAAAUUGGACAAAAAUCAUUUAGAAUGUACAACAAACCAGGAUAUAACAGACAAAGAAAAGUCAUAUGGGACCCUUAUAUAAAAUUACAUUCAUCAGACAGUCAAAGUGAAGAUUUGACCAAGAAUGCACUAUCAUCAAUAACAAAUAAAAUGGAAGAUAUAAAUCUACUCAGUACUUCCAGUAAUGUAAUGACAGGUGAAAAUGAUUGUGAUAAUUUCAUCGUACAACAUGACAAGAAAUGGUUUAUUUUCCGAGAUGACCCACAAAAUGAAGAGAUGAUCAAAUUCCAAACCUUUGGAAGGAAUUCAAGCCAUAAUGAUAUGGGAAAAACAUCAAAGAGAAACAUGGCAACAAUGAAACAUGAAACAAAAGAUACUUGUUUUAUUGUUAUUGAUCUUAAUGUAUUGCUUAAUGAUUUUCAGUUUGUGAAUGACAAAGUUAUAAAAGACACAAGAUAUCGUUUAGUUAUACCCAAUGCAGUGAUAUCAAAGUUGAGAAAUUUAGCUGAAAUGGAUCAUAAAAGUCAUCAAUUAAUGUUGACCGCGCAGAACUUGAUUUGGAAAAUACCAACACAAUCGCGACAUAUAAUACUAGAACCGGAACAGCAGAUAACACCAAAACAACAAAUUAUAAGUUGUUGUAAAAAAAUUAAAAACCUAGAUUACAAUUUGGAUGUCAAAGAAGGAUUGUGUAGUCAAUUAUUUAAUGAUUGUAAUAUACGAAAUGAACAAAAAGACAUUAAUAAUAAUUUAUUCCUACAAAAACCAGAAGAUAUUGAACCUUUAAAUUUUUCUCAUUUAACGAGUGAUGUUAAUGAAAAUUAUCCAUUUUUUGAUGGUUUUGAUUAUGAAAAAGCAGGAUUAAAGGAGACUGUUUAUGAAAAAUUGAAAAAAUAUAGUUUGAGAAAUCGUCAAAUCGCAAAUCUUAUUAUUUUGCGUGCUGAAGAUUACAUGUGCACUUUUACGCAAAUCAUGGAGACGUUUAUGUCGGAUUUGUUACUGAAUGAGAAUGUUAGUUGUGAUUUCUGCACGAUUCCGCAGGCGGUGGAUGCAGUAGCGCAGUUGUAUCCUGACUCCACUUCUAUACAAAUAGUCGCAUAUAGAAUGUCAGCUUUGUACAAUUUAAUUAAUCAAAAAAAUAAACUCGAAACUAAAUACAAGGCAGAUAUUUUGAUAAAGAUGGUCGGCUGUGGAAUGAUUUUGGUGGAAUCUAUAAAGGCCUUCAAACCUAAUUCAGAGAUUUUGUUAGAAACGGAAUAUUUGUUGGGGAAAUUACUACAAAGUAUUGAAGAUCCAAAUCGAUUUGAAAAUGAAUUGGAACAAUCGAAAAUAGUGAGAACAAAUGACACCAGCCUUAUAUUAAAAGAAAAAGAUAUAACACCGGAGAAUAGACGUGAAAUAUUUGACAAAGCAUACAAAACGUAUCAUCGUAUGUCACUCGUUGUGGAUAAUUUGACAAACAUAUUAAACAGGGAGAAAGAAUCCAAUACGACAGUGAUAACGUUAUUGGAGCAAGCUGGCGUCGAUGUGGCUAAUGAUAAACUGAUCUCCAAAUACAAGUAA